AAAGAAAAGGUUUCAUUUAUCCCGAAAGGAAGAGGAGAUAAAUAUCAAAGACAGAGAGAGCGAGACGCAGCAACGCUUCCUCCUUCAAAGUUAAUGGUCAUGUCUUCUUCAAUUCCAACGUGCUACCAUGUUUUACAAUCUUGUAUUCUAAAUACACCUCUUUUCACAGACAUUGCUACGAAAAUCAACAUUUCCACCGGUAGUAUCCGAGCACGAAAGAUAUCCCUCUCUCUCUCUGCCACUUACCCUUCACCCAUUACACAGACAACAAUAAAUGACCUCAAUUUUGAGCACAGAACCACUAGGUUUCGAAUCAAAGGUCUUGUCCACAGGAUCAAAACCUUAUCAUCCUCCAACGACAAGACCCAAAUGCUACAAAUCCUAGAGAAAGACCUUGAAUUCCAAACCAUAUCAGAUUUCAAUCUCCUUCUCAUGGCUCUGGUAAUUGCUCAAGAGCUUGACAUUUGUCUCAAUAUCUUCGCAAAGCUCCCCUCUUUCCAACUUGUGCCAGAUUGUUGUACCCACUCCAUCAUGAUAAGGUGCCACUGUGAGAAAAACGACAUGGAUGAAGCCAAGAGGGCAUUGUACACUGCUCUGGAAAAAGGGUUUCGACCGGAUGCUGCAACCUUCACCGUACUCAUAAGCUCCCUUUGCAAAAGGGGGAGAGUGAACAAGGCAAGGGAGGCCUUUGAGGCCAUGGGAAGAAAGGGUUAUAAGGCCAGUGUUCAGGCAAAGAAUUGCUUGCUCAAGGGUUUGUCCUAUGUGGGGAAGGUGGAUGAAGCACUUGAGAUGUUGAUGGGUAUGAAGGGAACCUCAUUGGAGCCGGAUAUUUAUUCCUACACUGCUGUGAUGGAUGGAUUGUGCAAAGUGGGGAGAUCAGGUGAAGCGAUGGAGUUGCUCGAUGAAGUUGUUGGAAUGGGGUUGGUGCCCAGUGUGGUCAUGUUUAACACCUUAAUUCAAGGGUAUUCUAGAGAGGGGAGGCCAAUGGAGGGUGCCGCUGUGCUUGAGCUGAUGAAGAAGCAUGAGUGUAUUCCUGAUUGUGUUAGUUACAACACUGUGCUACAUGGGUUGUUGAAGUGGAAUGAAGUUCUAGCAGCCCUUCGGGUGUACAAGAAAAUGGUGGGACUUGGGUUGGAGGUGGAUGUGAGGUUGAUGGGGACUCUGGUGAGGCGUUUGUGUAAGAGGUCAAGGAGGAAAAACAGUCUUCUUCAGGAUGCAUAUGAUGUGUUUGAGAAAAUGAAAGAGAGGGGUCCAGUGGUUGACCAGCGGACAUUUGAGGUGAUGAUCCAGGCACUGUGUGUGGGGAAGAGAUUUGAUCAUGCUUUUGCAACUGUGAAUGAGAUGGUUAAAUUAGGAUAUUCUCCGGAGGCAAUUACCUUUGACAAAGUGAUUCUAGGGCUUUGUGCAGGAGGAAGAGUGGAAGAUGCAGUGUCAACUUUGGUCCUUUUGCAUGCAAGUGGGGGAAUUCCCAGUAAAAUUUCUUAUGAUGUGCUGAUCAAAGAACUCAAUGAAGAGGGAAGAUUGUUUUGUGCUUGUAAUUUGUUUGGUUCUGCCCUGAAGCUAGGAGUUUUUCCCACUAGGGAACCUAGGCUAAAUGUAAUCGGGUGGGAGGAACAACAAGUGACUAGGUUGAGUUAGUUAUUCAGGUGAAUGUAGAUUAAAGGCUUGGAAAUUUAGUUUCAACAUACUACCAAGUGGAUGAGGAAUUUCCUGUAAAGGGCAACAGAGUUUGUGAAUGGACGAAAGCAGGCAAGUCAUGUAUGAGUAUUGGAUGGCAAAGCUAGAAGUUAAGUUCAAUACCUCUGUUAAGAUGAUGCAAUGAUGUUACUGACGUUCACAAAAAGAGUUGCAAUUAUAAGAGUUUUGGAUGAACCGAGUUGUGGAAAGAGAAGUGCAACUUCUGCUCUGAGUGGAGAUGAGGUGUAGAUCAUAAGGGGUUUGCCGUGGGCUUGUGACAAAGCUAUGGUGAGUUAGACAUUUAAUAAGUUGGUUAACGAUAAUA